AUGUCCUUCCACUACGAUACUCGUCAGGGAGACAACGAGCAGUACAGCAUGGGAUUCGAAAUCGGCGGCCGCCAGUCAGACGCCUUCCCCACGCCAUGUUCUGCCCUGAAAGCUGGUGGAUUCGUCCUCCUCAAGGGCCAUGCUUGCAAGAUUACGGACAUAUAUCCAUGUUCAGCCGACGGCUCCGUGGUCCAGAUUCUGGGAACCAAUGUCCAGACCGGAGAAAUAUGGGAGGACAUAUACCCUCUCCGCGAGACGGUCUUUGUCCCUCGCAUGUCCCAGGACAAUUACAGUCCGACUUCAUCCAGCCGCAAGGGAAGCAUGGACCUCCAGAGCCGCAGAGCGGGCCCUGGUAGCCACAUAAGUGCCAGAUCCCGCCAACCCAGUGACGCUGGACGUUACCUCAAGUAA